CGAGUCGGCUCGGUGACCGCCGCCUCGCCCCAACGCCUUCUUCCUCCCGUGACUCGUCUGUUCCACGCGCACACACGCGAAGCAAAUACUAAUCAGCGAAAGAAGAAUUGCUUCGUUUCGGACAUCCUCCCGAGAUCUCGAACACCACCGUCGGCCAUCGGGAAUUUGCGUUAUAGGGAUCGUGGAAAUGGGACUUGAAGCCAGAUCUCGGUCCCCGCCUCCGUCUCCGAUCUGAUUCUGUUCCGGGAGUCCCUUGCCACGCCGCCGCCUCCGUUGCCCCGAUUCAUGGCGGGCGCCGUCUCGGCGCUGUUCCUUCUCGAUAUCAAGGGCCGAAUUCUCAUCUGGCGGGACUACCGCGGCGACGUCUCCGCCGUCCAGGCAGAACGCUUCUUCACCAAGCUCAUCGAGAAGGAGGGGGAUAUUGAGUCUCGAUCGCCCGUGGUGUUCGAUGAUGGGAUCAGUUAUAUGUUCAUUCAGCACAAUAACGUCUUCUUGAUGACGGCUGCGAGGCAGAAUUGCAAUGUCGCCAGCAUCCUUCUCUUCCUACAUCGCGUCGUUAACGUCUUUAAACAUUAUUUUGAAGAAUUAGAGGAGGAAUCAUUAAGAGAUAAUUUUGUUGUUGUGUACGAGUUACUUGAUGAAAUAAUGGACUUUGGGUACCCGCAAUACACCGAAGCUAAGAUUCUUAGCGAGUUUAUUAAGACGGAUGCAUACAGGAUGGAAGUCGUACAGAGGCCUCCAAUGGCUGUCACAAAUGCAGUGUCAUGGCGCAGUGAAGGGAUAUGGUACAAGAAAAAUGAAGUGUUCUUGGACGUGGUUGAAAGCGUUAAUAUUCUUGUCAACAGCAAUGGACAAAUUAUCCGUUCAGAAGUUGUUGGGGCAUUGAAAAUGAGAACAUACUUGAGUGGAAUGCCUGAAUGUAAACUUGGAUUGAAUGACCGGUUACUUUUGGAAACUCAAGGCCGGACAACAAAGGGGAAAGCCAUAGAUUUAGAUGAUAUUAAGUUUCACCAGUGUGUGCGUUUGUCACGGUUUGAGAAUGACAGGACAAUAUCCUUCAUACCACCUGAUGGGUCUUUUGACCUAAUGACAUACAGACUCAGCACUCAGGUGAAGCCUCCAGUCUGGGUGGAGGCUCAAGUUGAGAAGCAUUCGAGAAGUCGCAUAGAGAUCUUGGUGAAAGCACGAAGUCAGUUUAAGGAAAGGAGCACUGCAACAAAUGUGGAAAUUGAGCUGCCUGUACCUUCAGAUGCUAUCCAUCCCAACGUCCGGACGUCCAUGGGUUCUGCAAAAUAUGCACCUGAAAAUGACGCGUUGGUCUGGAAAAUAAAAUCAUUUCCUGGUGGCAAGGAGUACAUGUGUAGGGCAGAAUUUAGUCUUCCCAGUAUAACCGCAGAAGAAGCAACUCCAGAGAAGAAGGCUCCUAUACGUGUGAAGUUUGAGAUCCCAUAUUUCACUGUGUCUGGAAUACAGGUUCGAUACCUGAAAAUAAUUGAAAAGAGUGGAUACCAAGCCCUUCCAUGGGUGAGAUACAUCACAAUGGCUGGCGAAUAUGAACUGAGACUCAUCUAGUCACUUUGAUCUGCUGUUUGAACUUUCGAGAACUCUGUAUUCAAGACUCAAGGAUGUCAAGACUGCACCUUCUGGGUUUGAGGGGUCCUGCAGGGAUUUAUCGGUCGGCAUGUACAGUAGAAAGAGCCCCCAAACAGCAUUGUUUCUGAUUCCUUUUUGCUUCUUGUAAUGUUUUGUAAGGAUGAAAUGCUUAUCCAGAAAUAUCAUUAUUUUCCAGAGAAUAUGUAUUGAUUUUGUUUGAUAACUUGAUUACGGCCUUGUUCCUCAUA